CUCAGCUGAUCUGGUGUCAGUCUAACUGCUUCGGACUCAUCUGAAGAUCCAGAAAGACCCAGAAAAGACAAGAAAAGUGGACCUGGAGUUUAGAUUGUUCUGUCAAUCUACAGCAAUUCUGUGAGCAGUUCAGUCCUGAAGGAGGUGAACGAGUUUCACCGUCAGUCAGGUGGAGGACGGCGUCAGGUCGGGUUUGGACGGCGUCAGGUCGGGUUUGGACGGCGUCAGGUCAGAGUCUGAUGUCCCUCCGGAGCUCCCGGUCCUCUGGGACGAGCUGUGGGGGUUGAAGCAGCUGGUGCUGAGCCUGAAGGCGGCAGAGGUGAGGCAGCGUCAGGUCCUGAGGAGCAUGGAGAGCCGGCUGAGGGACGGGGAGCUGGAGGCCGAACAACAGAGACGAAGCCUGGACGCACUGGGGAAGAUGGCGGCGCAGCAGGGGGAGGAGCUAAGGGAAUCUAAGGUGAGGACGGAGGCUGACGGGAAGCUGCUGACUGAGCUGAACUCAGACCUGAGGAGGAGGGUGGAGGAGCUGGAGGACCAGAGCACAGCUCGAGCAGUCGAGUUUGCAGCUGAUGUGUUGACGCUUCAGUCCAGACUGAACCUCAGCGAGAGCGCAGUGGACGAGCUGAAGAAGAAGAACACAGCGAUGGCGGCCGAGCUGCCGUUCCUGCAGACGAGACUGAGGGCGAGCGAGAGCACAGUGGAGCAGCUGAGGAGGAAGAGCACAGUGCUGGCGGUCAGACUGUGUAACACUGAGAGUCUGAUGGAGGAGCUGAUGAAGCAGACCUCAGCCGUCCUGUCCAACUCUUCAUCGGCGUCUGAAGCUUCGGAGCCGGAGCGUCGUCUGAACGUCCGCCUGGAGGAGCUGAACACAAACACACGAGCUCUGCAGACUCGACCCGACCAACUGCAGGAAGAACUGAACCGAUCUGCUGAGGGAGAACGGAUCAGCGCCGUACACGAUCAGGUAUUGGAGCUUGGCAGCAGACUGAACUCCAGCCAGCUUCACCUGGACGAGCUGAGGAGAAUCUGUGCAGAUCAAACAGGUCGACUGACGUCAGUGGAGGGACGAGUGGACGAGCUGAAGUCUGAAAACACAGCUCUGAGCGACAGACUGAGUGUUGGUGAACGUCAACUGGACAAGCUGCAGACUGAAAACACAGAUCAAACCUUCAAACUGACGAACCUGCAGGGGAACCAGAACCGGAGCCAGAGUCUGAACACAGCUCUGCAGCUCAGACUGAGUGUCAGUGAGGAAUACCUGGAACACCUGCAGGCGGAGAACACAGCUCUGGAGGUCCGACUGAGAUCUGCUGAGACACACCUGGAACACCUGGAACACCUGGAACACCUGAGUCACCUGGAGCACCUGGAGCACCUGGAACACCUGCAGACAGAGAACACAGUUCAGUCUGAUCGACUUUCCCUGAUGGAGUCCAGACUGACAGACGGACUGAACAGCACCAAAGCUCUGGAGGUCCGACUGAGAUCUGUGGAGACACACCAGGAACACCUGGAGAAUCACACUGCAGUGGGCGAAGCGGAGCUGUCGGCCGUCACCGCGAGGCUGAAGGUCACAGAGCAGCAGCUGGACGAGCUGACGACUGAACUCUCAGACGGACUGACAGCAGCUGACAGACGCGCUGAAGAGCUUCAGGUCCAACUGAGCGCCACUGAGGCCACAACCCACCAGCUGAAGACCCACAACCAGGAUCAGUCCGCCAUGCUGUCGGAAAUCCGGUCCAGAAUAGAGGCUGCAGAGAGCCUCAGCUCAGGUUUUCAGAUCAGACUGAGAGACGGAGAUGAUCUGAUCCAGGAUCUGCAGAGAAACACGACGGCUCUGCAGCUCCAACUGAGCGUCUGUGAGAAACAGCUGGAACACCUGGAGAGAGAGAACACAGGUUUUGGCCUCAGACUGAACCAGACUGAUGAUCGUCUGCAGGAGCUCACAGACACAAAUUCAGGUGAGCUGGAGCUGAAGGUGGCGUUCUCAGCUGGUCUGACUGAUUCAGGAUCAGUCGGACCGUUUGACGAGGAGAUGACUCUGAUCUUCUCCAAGAUUAUCACCAAUGUGGGCGGAGCCUAUAACCAGACCGCAGGUGUGUUCACUGCUCCUGUCAGAGGACUUUACUUCUUCAGCUUCACGGCUGCAGAUUACCUUAAAGGCUACAUGGGUCUCUACCUGUACAGGAACAAUGAGCCAAUCAUCUUCAACCUUGACCUCAACAACCACGGUGGCUACGCCUCCACAUCCAACGGCGUGGCUCUACAGCUGGAGGAAGGCGACGCGGUCCGCCUCAGUUUGCCGGCAAGCUACCGUCUCUACGACGACUCCCGGAACUUCAGCAUGUUCUCCGGCUUCCUGCUGUUCCCCCUCUGACCUCCUGGACCAGGGUAGGAGUGAAACCUCCUCUCUAACAAACUAUCAGCUAUCAGACUGGAACUAAAGGACUGGACUUUUGUUUUGAUAGCGACUUCCUGUCUGUCAAAGAAACAUGUUUACAUCUCUGAAGCUAAUUAACAUUAAUAAACAUUAAAAUAAUGUCUGAAUUUGUGUAAUUUAUAAGAAACGGACAGAAUUUGAAGUUGGCUCCAAAACCACAGAGGGUAGUAAACUGCUCACUGCUGCUAGCUGU